ACAGCGCUGCUAAGGAAGCUGAAACAGCAAUCCAGAGAGAGUGUGGCGGACAAGAGGCCAAAGCUACUGAACGCCCUCAAAGAGGUACGGCACUGAGUCAUCAUUAUUUCAUAUCCCUGAUCCCUUGUAGUGUAUUUGAGGUGUAAAAAGGCCUCUGAAGUCUGUAAUUUCCAUUUAACAACAACCCCUACAAAAAUGUCUACAUAAUAAUUCACAUUUCCUGUUGCUGCAGGAUUAUUUCCCUGCUGUAGCAAACUGUCUUAAAUUAAAUUAAGAUCCUACCUCUGUAUAUCUUGUAUCCCCAUCUUGUCUCUACCCUGUGUCCUCUGCUCCCUACCUCUCCUCUCCCCUCCUCUUCCCAUUUUUCUCUUCUUCCUAAAUGAACAUGAUCCAUUGCGCUGCGGGGCAGGCUGUGUACUUGCUCCAGAUAUGCCAGCAUAGUCCUCCUAGUCAGAAAUGCCACUCUGCUGGACGCACACAGACACACACAGACCCAGGCGCUCUCAGUCACUCAGUCACACACUAACUACUGUCAUCACAACAAAGCACCCCCAGAGUACAACCCUCGACAUGCAGUGAAUAUGUCCGCCCCCUAGCCGCCUACGCUCAGGGAAUAUGCAAACAGACCGCAACAUGGGCCCUGGUGGAGGGAUGGGGGAUCAACCUGCAUGAAAGGUGACAUUCUCACAAACAUUCUAACGAAGCUCCCUGGAUGGCAUGACACAGGGGGAGGCAGAUUCUUCCACUCCACAUACGUACAUACACACGCAUGCAUGCACGGCCGCACGCACACACAUGCACAGACACAGUUGAUAGUCUGGGCUUUGGAGAGCCUUGCAGCACUGUGGCUGGCAUGAAGUUGUCGAGGGUAAUCUGUGGGCAUAAACAUCUGGUGCCCUGGGCAUAGGCCACUACCAGGUCAGUUGUGACUCCCCAAGGGGAUGAACCUGAGUGAUGAAGAGAAGGAGAGAGCAAUGGAGGAAAGGGAUGAAAGAGCAGUUCUCUCCUGUGUUAGAUGAGAGGAUAUUAUCAUUCCUGUGAUGCAGCAGGCCUAGAUGUCAGAGAUACAGUUGAAGUCGGACGUUUACAUACACCUUAGCCAAAUACAUUUAAAAUCAGUUUUUCACAAUUCCUGACAUUUAAUCCUAGUAAAACUUCCCUGUCUUAGGUCAGUUAGGAUCACCACUUUAUUUUAAGAAUGUGAAAUGUCAGAAUAAUAGUAGAGUGAUUUAUUUCAGCUUUUCUUUCUUUCAUCACAUUCCCAGUGGGUCAGAAGUUUACAUACACUCAAUUAGUAUUUGGUAGCAUUGCCUUUAAAUUGUUUAACUUGGGUCAAACGUUUCGGGUAGCCUUCCAUAAGCUUCCCACAAUAAGUUGGGUGAAUUUUGGCCCAUUCCUCCUGACAGAGCUGGUGUAACUGAGUCAGGUUUGUAGGCCUCCUUGCUCGCACAUGCUUUUUCAGUUCUGCCCACACAUUUUCUAUAGGAUUGAGGUCAGGGCUUUGUAAUGGUCACACCAAUACCUUGACUUUGUUGUCCUUAAGCCAUUUUGCCACAACUUUGGAAGUAUGCUUGGGGUCAUUGUCCAUUUGGAAGACCCAUUUGCGACCAAGCUUUAACUUCCUGACUGAUGUCUUGAGAUGUUGCUUCAAUAUAUCCACAUAAUUUUCCUUCCUCAUGAUGCCAUCUAUUUUGUGAAGUGCACCAGUCCCUCCUGUAGCAAAGCACCCCCACAGCAUGAUGGUGCCACCCCCGUGCUUCACGGUUGGGAUGGUGUUCUUCGGCUUGCAAGACACCCCCUUUUUCCUCCAAACAUAAUGAUAGUCAUUAUGGCCAAACAGUUAUAUUUUUGUUUCAUCAGACCAGAGGACAUUUCUCCAAAAUGUACGAUCUUUGACCCCAUGUGCAGUUGCAAACUGUAGUCUGGCUUUUUUAUGGCGGUUUUGGAGAAGUGGCUUCUUCCUUGCUGAGCGGCCUUUGAGGGUAUGUCGAUAUAGGACUUGUUUUACUGUGGAUAUAGAUACUUUUGUACCUGUUUCCUCCAGCAUCUUCACAUGGUCCUUUGCUGUUGUUCUGGGAUUGAUUUGCACUUUUCGCACCAAAGUACGUUAAUCUCUAGGAGACAGAACGCGUCUCCUUCCUGAGCGGUAUGACGGCUGCGUGGUCCCAUGGUGUCUAUACUUGCGUACUAUUGUUUGUACAGAUGAACGUGGUACCUUCAGGCGUUUGGAAAUUGCUCCCAAGGAUGAACCAAACUUGUGGAGGUCUACAAAAAAAUUUUCUGAGGUCUUGGCUGAUUUCUUUUGAUUUUCCCAUGAUGUCAAGCAAAGAGGCACUGAGUUUGAAGGUAGGCCUUGAAAUACAUCCACAGGUAGACCUCCAAUUGACUCAAAUGAUGUCAAUUAGCCUAUCAGAAGCUUCUAAAGCCAUGAAAUCAUUUUCUGGAAUUUUCCAAGCUGUUUAAAGGCACAGUGAACUUAGUGUAUGUAAAUUCAUGACCCACUGGAAUUGUGAUACAGUGAAUUAUAAGUAAAAUAAUCUCUCUGUAAACAAUUGUUGUAAAAAUUACUUGUGUCAUGAACAAAGUAGAUGUCCUAACCGACUUGCCAAAACUAUAGUUUGUUAACAAGGAAUUUGUGGAGUGGUUGAAAAAGGAGUUUCAAUGACUCCAACCUAAGUGUAUGUAAACUUCCGACUUAUAAUAAUAAUAAUAAUAAUAAUAAUAAUAAUAUGCCAUUUAGCAGACGCUUUUAUCCAAAUCCAUGUGUGCAUACAUUUUUACGUAUGGGUGGUCCCGGCGAUCGAACCCACUACCCUGGCGUUACAAGCGCCAUGCUCUACCAAUUGAGCUACAGAGGACCACAACUUCAACUGUAGGUGAAAAUCUAACUUCAGGGGAUUAUAUUUCUCAGAGAUGUGAUGCGCUAUCAUUAAUACUACAUCUGGAGGUUUUAUUUCCGGUCAGUACCGUGAGAUUAUGUGGGCCAGCUGUGUCAUUUCAGAGCAUUUUAACUACAUAUUGGAUCCUAAACUCAUUGAAGAAAAUUAGGCUCAACUAGGAUAUGCUUGAUACGGUAAUGUCUGUCAGGUCCACUCUUCCUCAGUUUACUCUCGCUGGUGUAUUUCGAUAAUGAAAUUGAUAUUCUGUUUCUUUACAGCUGGGAGACUUUUACUUGGAGCUUCACUGGGACUUUCAAAGCUGGGGUGAGUUUUCUUUGCAUUCCACACAAGUAUAUGAUCAAAUUACCCACAACCAGGCCUACUCACUACAACUGUUCAGUUUCUUUUUAACAACACAGAGUGCAUCUACUUAGAUUAAAGUUAAAAUACUAGCAUGGUUGACGUUGUUAAACAGAGUGUGUUUGUGUUAAUGUGGUGGUAUCUCUAAGAGAGCCCAGCUAUGUGGGUGUCAGUGAGUGAGUGCUCUCUGCCUAGUUGGUUGGGAACAGAGUGAAGCUGAGAGAUUGUUUACAACCCUGAGGUAAUCCUCUGGAGGGAGUGGCUUUCCCAUCCACACACUGACAGAAAGACAGACACUUCCCCUGGUGGUGGCUAUACAUCAUUACAACAUCCCACCACCAGCAUUACUAAGGCCUAUGAACAUUUACAUCAAUCAAUCUAAUGUAAUGUAUUUUAUAAAGCCCUUUUUACAGCAGAGUGCUUAUACAGAAAUCCAGCCUAAACCCCCAAAGAGCAAGCAAUGCAGAUGUAGAAGCACGAUGUCUAGGAAAAACUCCCUAGAAAGGCAGGAACCUAGGAAGAAACUUAGAGAGGAACCGGGCUCCAAGCGGUGUCCAGUCCUCUUCUGGCUGUGCCGGGUAGCGAUUCUAACAUUGUCAUUAAUGCCAGAUCGUUCUUCAAGAUGUUCAAACGUUCAUAAAUGACCAGCAGGGUCAAAUAAUAAUCACAGUGGCUAUAGAGGGUGCACAAGGUCAGCACCUCAGGAGUAAAUGUCAGUUGCCUUUUCAUAGCUGAGCAUUCAGAGGUCGAGCGAGGUAGAAAGAGAAAGAAUCAAUUAAGCUUAAUUUUAGAUGCAUUAUUCACUUAAUGCCUAUCGUUUCUUGGAAUAAAUUAUAGAGAAAAUGCUGUUACAAAUGUCCUGAAUUACUUUGGCUAAAUGUCCAGUGUAAGUCAAGAGUGUGUUCACAUGUCCCUGUCCAUGUUAAAUAUUGACCUGCUUGUAAAAAUUAUGUGACUGUUCACAACAGUAAAGAAAGGGAUGCUGAUUGUGUAAGUGUGAGUUGGUAGAAUUUGACAGGGGAUGUAGCCUAGUGCCCCUGUGUGGCAAUGGCUCAAAUCCAAAGAAUGCAUUGGGAGAUGCCUUUUUAUAUUAGCACUGUUCAGGAGGGUGAAACAUCACAGAACAUUCAGAUGGAAAUGUAUAGUGCAGAACAGAUAUAACAGAGAAUUGUGCCAGCUCUAUUCAUUCUAUUUCUAUAUGCAAUAUUCUGAACAUUUCACCUCACAGACAUUGAGAGACCGGGACCCCAGCAGCCCUUUUCAAUAUGCUGGGGAUAAAACAGACACGUUGUCCUGUCUGUACUAGUGCAGAUCAAAGGGAAUUGAUUUCCUCUCAGAGAGAGGUGCACUGCUGGCACACAUGGCAUUCAUAGGCUAUGUUCCAAUAUCCAUGCUAGCAUACUUAUAUAUACAUUAGAAUUAAGGGGGUGUGGUAUAUGGCCAGUAUACCACGGCUAAGGGCUGUUCUUAAGCAAGACACAACACGGAGUGCCUGGAUACAGCCCUUAGCCGUGGUAUGUUGGCCAUAUACCACAAACCCCCUAGGUGCCUUAUUGCUAUUAUAAACUGGUUACCAACGUAAUUAAAAAUAAAUAUUGUAUCAUGCCCAUGGUAUACGGUCUGAUAUACCACAGUUUUCAGCCAAUCACCAUUCAGGGCUCGAACCACCCAGUUUAUAAUGCAAUAUAGUACAGCAUGCUAACGUGAGUAUUGGAACAUGGACAAUAGUAUGGUGCCCUCCAAGGGUCAGAAGUGGUCUCAAAUCCUACUUACACAUAACCUAAGUCAGUCAUAUAAUACCUACUUACACAUAACCUAAGUCAGUCAUAUAAUAAUAAUCGAACCCGGGUCUGUAGUGAUGCCUCAAGCACUGCGAUGCAGUGCCUUAGACCGCUGCGCCACUCGGGAGGCAGGACUUAUACCUUUUAAAUACUUUUUCUCUCACUCUGUGAUUUUGUGCAAUUUAUUUUGGUGCAGGACUUUGGAAAUCAUUAUUUAAUGACAGUCUGUAAAGAGUGUUAAAUAUUGAACUGCAUAUGCCUGUGCUGGUAUGGGCUCCGAAAGGGGGAAUAUAGGAGCUUUGAAGUGGUUGGUGAUGAUCAUUAUUAAGGAGUUUCUAAACUUAGGCCUAUUUAUUUCCCCAUGUUGCAGUGCCUUUGCUCUCCCGAAUCCUUCCCUCUGACGCUUGUAAGAUCUACAAACAGGGCAUCAACAUCCGGUGAGUCAAGUAAUCCCUUGUUUUUAUGACGUCUUAACAAGCAACAAUUUGCUUGAAGCCAAUAGAUAAGAUCAUUGUAACAAAGAAGCAUGUCAAACAGAUUACAACACAUGUAAUAAACAGACGGAUGUCCCAUCAUGGAUCACUGAUUCAGUUUUCUGUACUGGUCUCAGCUGCUACAGCCUGUGUAAAGCUUGUCCACGCACACACAAUGCUGUUGCUUCUCCUCCUACGCAGCUCAAAAUCCAUAAACUGUCUUCACCAAUGUUUAACCUUGGUUGGGUCUGUUUCUCCUUCAGCCAUCUUGUCAUAGUCUUGGCAGGGCAGAGAUGAAGUUUCAUUAAAUGCAGAAAGAGUCAGGUAUUGAGCUUUCCCCUAUGGACAAACCCAAGGAGCCACCUCUGUCUAACAACAUUAGACUGGUGCUUCUCCUGACUGAUGUCCUCAGCUUCAGUAUUAUACUGAUAUGGUAAAACCCACUAUAAUAAAAGUCAAUAUGCCUUGAGAAAACUAUUUUAUUGAAGCACUUUCAAGCUUUUAGGGCCCUAUUCAGUUCAGUAUAAAUCCCUGGCCUUGAACACUACACCUUCUCCCAGCUUUAUGGGCUUCUGUAAAGCCAGCCCGAGCACGGUGGCUAACUACCAGCACGGUUAACUAGAGUGUGAAAUCGGUUUUCACACUGCUGUGACUGAGCAGCACGGCAUCUGUUUGCAGAUCUAUUACCUCUACAUCCCUCUCCAAAUAAUUACACGUAGAUAGAGAGAAGCAGCACCUACCCUCAACCUAACUCUACCGACUCUAUUAUAAUUUGCCCAGUGCCGAGUUGUCACAUUCAAUUAUUCCCCAUCCAGUAGCAAAAUGCUAUUCACCAGUUGGACUAUACAGAAUACAGUAAAGUUCUCUGGGUUAAUGUGUUAGCAGGCUGGUUAAUGUAUGCUGUGUUGCUGAGCUUUACAAGCCUCAGUGUUCAGUGACAUGAAGCCAGGUUCAGGCUGUGUUGUUCUUCAAAGGGCCUGAAUUUUACCACACACAGCUCUGGCAUACCGUGACAUGCGCACACACACACACACACACACACACACACACACACACACACACACAGAGAGACAGACAAAUGAACGUGUUUUGAGGCGUUGCUAGGUUACUUGCCUCACAAAUUGCCCCCCUCCUCCGCACCUCUCCCCUGCUCUGAAUCUAUGCAACGCUGAAGAUUCAGGGCUAAUUAUUCUCAGACACAUGAAAGUGUGUGCAUGUUGUUGUGAGUGGGUGGUGAAGAAAGAAAGCUGUCUAACAGGCUUUCAAAAUGUCCGUAGGAGAGGGGGGCCAAGGUAUAUAGUGCAUUCGGAAAGUAUUCAGACCCCUUCACUUUUUCCACAUUUUGUUUAGUUACAGCCUUGUUCUAAAAUGGAUUAAAUUAAAUAUACACACAACAUCCCAUAAUGACAAAGCAAAAACAGGUUUUUCCAAAUCUUUGCACAUUUCAUGCACUCAAAUGUAAUUCCUCUGCUGGAGGUGUAAAACACAAGGGGACAUAUUUGCAGAAAACAGAAAUCACAUUUACAUAAGUAUUCAGACCCUUUACUCAGUGCUUUGUUGAAGCACCUUUGGCAGCGAUUACAGCCUUGAGUCUUCUUGGGUAUGACGCUACAAGCUUGGCAAACCUGUAUUUGGGGAGUUUCUCCCAUUCUUCUUUCCAGAUCCUCUCAUGCUCUGUCAGGUUGGAUGGGGAGCGUCGCUGCACAGCUAUUUUCAGGUCUCUCCAGAGAUGUUCGAUCGGGUUCAAGUCCGGGCUCUGGCUGGGCCACUCAAGGACAUUCAGAGACUUGUCCCGAAGCCACUCCUGCAUUGUCUUGGCUGUGUGCUUAGGAUGGUGCCAGGUUUCCUCCAGACGUGACGCUUGGCAUUCAGGCCAAAGAGUUAAAUCUUGGUUUCAUCAGACUAGAGAAUCUUGUUUCCCAUGGUCUGAGAGUCCUUUAGGUGCCUUUUUGGCAAACUCCGAGCAGGCUGUCAUGUGCCUUUUACUGAGGAGUGGCUUCCGUCUGGCCACUCUACCAUAAAGGCCUUAUUUGGUGGAGUGCUGUAGAGAUGGUUGUCCUUUUGGAAGGUUCUCCCGUCUCCACAGAGGAACUCAGAAGCUCUGUCAGAGUGACCUUCCUGACCAAGGCCCUUCUCCCCCGAUUGCUCAGUUUGGCUGGGCGGCCAUCUCUAGGAAGAGUCUUGGUGGUUCCAAACUUCUUCCAUUUAAGAAUGAUGGAGGCCACUGUGUUCUUGGGGACCUUCAAGGCUGCAUAAACGUUUUGGUACCCUUCCCCAGAUCUGUGCCUCGACACAAUCCUGUCUCAGAACUCUAUGGACAAUUCCUUCGACCUCAUGGCUUGGUUUCUGCUCUGACAAGCACUGUCAACUGUGGGACCUUAUAUAGACAGGUGUGUGCCUUUCCAAAUAAUGUCCAAUCAAUUGAAUUUACCACAGGUGGACUCCAAUCAAGUUGUAGAAACAUCUCAAGGAUGAUCAAUGGAAACAAGAUGCACCUGAGCUCAAUUUCGAGUCUCAUAGCAAAAGGUCUGAAUACUUAUGUAAAUAAGGUAUUUCUGUUUUCACUUUGUCAUUACUGGGUAUUGUGUGUAGAUUGAUGAGGAAAAAAUUAAUUUAAUCAAUUUUAGAAUAAGGCUGUAACGUAACAAAGUGGAGAAAGUCAAGGGAUCUGAAUACUUUCCAAAUGCACUGUAACUUCAUUUUCAUUCCAAUGGUUGAAAGUCUUCGCUCUGUCGUGCCUCUCACUCUCCUUUUCAUUGUCUAUGUGCAGCACAUAUAAUUGUUUAGUUAUUAUCUUUGUUGCCACACCUCAUUUCUCCACUACUUCCUGAAACUAGCUUUUCUUGGAAAACAUAGAAAUGGGUUGUCUCCCAUGGCAACCAUUAAAUCAAAAGCCAUCUGAGCUUUUAGAAACCAAGUUUCAAUUCUUUAGUUUUAUCGAAAAAAGCUUUACUUUUAAGCUGUCUGUUGCUUAGUGACAAGGAAGUGUCCUUGAUCUUAUACUCGGUGUGUGUGUGUGUGUGUUUGUGUGUGUGUCUCCCUCACACUCUUUCUGUCAUUUCUCUCAUUACUUCUUUUGAUCUUUUGGUUUUUAAGGGGUGUGGAGGGGUUAUGUAGAUGUGAGUAAUCAAUAAGCAUACAUAUGAACUAGAGGCAAUAUGUGCUUUUUUAAUGUGCUGGUACUGGUGCUAUUGACAUUAUAUUGACCCAUGAAGUGGUUUGAAAUUCAAUUUUCUCUCCUUCCCUUUCUGUCUGUUUGGUCAUAGACUGGACACCACCCUAAUAGACUUCACAGAUAUGAAGUGCCAACGUGGUGACCUCAGCUUCAUCUUCGAUGGUGACGCCAUCCCCUCGGAGUCCUUUGUGGUGCUGGACAAUGAACAGAAGGUGUACCAACGGAUACACCACGAGGUGAGACACACGACUUGAUGCUGAAGUUGUUGUUUUUGCACUUCUCUAGCUAAUGACCCUCACAGUUUUUUAUUCCACCUUUAAAAAUGGGGCACCUAGCUUCUGAACUCUGUGAGCCCUGUUUUUGUGAAGUGUGUUUGUGUGUGCUGAAGGCUUCUACCUGCUUACCAAUUUGGCGGUGGCUCCUUGUGUUCCAGGAGUCAGAGAUGGAGACAGAGGAAGAGGUGGACAUCCUCAUGAGCAGCGAUGUUUACUCUGCCACCCUCUCCACCAAGUCCAUCACAUUCUCCAGAGCCCAGACCGGCUGGCUGUUCCGAGAGGAUAAAACGGUUAAUUUAUACAUCUCUGUCUCGCUCUCCGUCUAAUACUAAAACAUAUCUUUCUCAAAAUUAGGGCUGUGGCGAUCAUGACAUUUUGUCAGCCGGUGAUUGUCAAGCAAAUAACUGCCGGUCUCACGGUAAUUGACCGUUAAUGAACAUAAACACAUUUAGCAUCUCCUGGCUUCCACGCAUAGCCUACAAGCCACUGAUGCAGACCUUUGGAACAUCUACAUUUAAAAAAGUCUAAUAAAUCCAUUUAAUAUAGCCUACACCACCACAAUAAAUUCAUUAUUUAUUUCAGACAGGUCUAAAGAAAAUGUAGUUUAUUUCAGAAGAACACAAUAGCAUACUCUGAGUUGUCCUUAUGUUAGGCCCUGAUCUGGCAAUGCCAUAUGGCUGUAGGCUACUCUAGUUCAUUUAGCAGACAAAGAUUUGCUUUGAAUUCCAUGGCAUUAUUUUAUAGUAUGAAGAAUACAAUUGAACAUAGCUGUAUAAAAUAGAUAGGAUAUUUUCUCCAAACAAUUUCUGAGUGCGUGCGCACAUGCGGCUAUUCUGUGUUGACCGGUUAACAAAGAAACAGGUCCUCCUAUAUGCUUGAUUUGGAGUUAUUUAUGCAACUUUAGUUGUGAUACAAACGUUGGGUAAAUUUAGAUUUGUAAUACAUUCUAAGACUGCAUGUGACUCUAAUGAUGAUUUGAAAAAAGUUGCAUGAACGGCAUACUCUUUGCUUUGGUUCUUGUGCAGGCUGCACACACUUCAUCAGUCUCUCAUUCACAUUUUGACAAGCACUUAAUAAUGCCUGGAAUUACCCGCCGGCAUCGCCCUUGUGUGGCCGUAAUGCCCCCUAAAAAAAUCCAUGCCUUUUGCAGCCAGUGGCCAAUUCUUAUUAGCCAAUGCCCGUCACGUGAUCGGGUCCUUCUCACAGGCAUCUCAGCUUCCAUGUAGACUAAAAGUGAAGACAGACACAUCAGCGACGGAACUGCGCGUGUCCUUUUUAUUGAAUUCCGAGGCGCAUAUUGAAGAUGUUAAAAGAACUGUCCACAUUUAGUUUUUGUCAGCCAACAAGCCAACUAGGCCUUAUUUUAUUUAUUUAUUUAUUUAUUUUUAUUUCACCUUUAUUUAACCAGGUAAGCCAGUUGAGAACAAGUUCUCAUUUACAACUGCGACCUGGCCAAGAUAAAGCAAAGCAGUGUGAAAAAAAACAACAACAACACAGAGUUACAUAUGGAAUAAACAAAACGUACAGUCAAUAACACAAUAGAAAAUCUAUAUAAAGUGUGUGCAAAUGUAGUAAGUUAUGGAGGUAAGGCAAUAAAUAGGCCAUAGUGCAAAAUAAUUAAAAUGUAGUAUUAACACUGGAGUGAUAGAUGUGCAGAAGAUGUUGUGCAAAUAGAGAUACUGGGGUGCAAAUGAGCAAAAUAAAUAACAAUGUAAAUAACAAUAUGGGGAUGAGGUAGUUGGGUGGGCUAAUUACAGAUGGGCUGUGUACAGGUGCAGUGAUCGGUAAGCUGCUCUGACAACUGAUGCUUAAAGAUAGUGAGGGAGAUACAGUGGGGAGAACAAGUAUUUGAUACACUGCCGAUUUUGCAGGUUUUCCUACUUACAAAGCAUGUAGAGGUCUGUAAUUUUUAUCAUAGGUACACUUCAACUGUGAGAGGCGGAAUCUAAAAUCAAUAAAAUCACAUUGUAUGAUUUUUAAGUAAUUAAUUUGCAUUUUAUUGCAUGACAUAAGUAUUUGAUACAUCAGAAAAGCAGAACUUAAUAUUUGGUACAGAAACCUUUGUUUGCAAUUACAGAGAUCAUAUGUUUCCUGUAGGUCUUGACCAGGUUUGCACACACUGCAGCAGGGAUUUUGGCCCACUCCUCCAUACAGAAAUUCUCCAGAUCCUUCAGGUUUCGGGGCUGUCGCUGGGCAAUACGGACUUUCAGCUCCCUCCAAAGAUUUUCUAUUGGGUUCAGGUCUGGAGACUGGCUAGGCCACUCCAGGACCUUGAGAUGCUUCUUACGGAGCCACUCCAUAGUUGCCCUGGCUGUGUGUUUCGGGUCGUUGUCAUACUGGAAGACCCAGCCACGACCCAUCUUCAAUGCUCUUACUGAGGGAAGGAGGUUGUUGGCCAAGAUCUCGCAAUACAUGGCCCCAUCCAUCCUCCCCUCAAUACGGUGCAGUCGUCCUGUCCCCUUUGCAGAAAAGCAUCCCCAAAGAAUGAUGUUUCCACCUCCAUGCUUCAUGGUUGGGAUGGUGUUCUUGGGGUUGUACUCAUCCUUCUUCUUCCUCCAAACACGGCGAGUGGAGUUUAGACCAAAAAGCUAUAUUUAUGUCUCAUCAGACCACAUGACCUUCUCCCAUUCCUCCUCUGGAUCAUCCAGAUGGUCAUUGGCAAACUUCAGACGGGCCUGGACAUGCGCUGGCUUGAGCAGGGGGACCUUGCGUGCGAUGCAGGAUUUAAAUCCAUGACGGCGUAGUGUGUUACUAAUGGUUUUCUUUGAGACUGUGGUCCCAGCUCUCUUCAGGUCAUUGACCAGGUCCUGCCGUGUAGUUCUGGGCUGAUCCCUCACCUUCCUCAUGAUCAUUGAUGCCCCACGAGGUGAGAUCUUGCAUGGAGCCCCAGACCGAGGGUGAUUGACCGUCAUCUUGAACUUCUUCCAUUUUCUAAUAAUUGCGCCAACAGUUGUUGCCUUCUCACCAAGCUGCUUGCCUAUUGUCCUGUAGCCCAUCCCAGCCCUGUGCAGGUCUACAAUUUUAUCCCUGAUGUCCUUACACAGCUCUCUGGUCUUGGCCAUUGUGGAGAGGUUGGAGUCUGUUUGAUUGAGUGUGUGGACAGGUGUCUUUUAUACAGGUAACGAAUUCAAACAGGUGCAGUUAAUACAGGUAAUGAGUGGAGAACAGGAGAGCUUCUUAAAGAAAAACUAACAGGUCUGUGAGAGCCGGAAUUCUUACUGGUUGGUAGGUGAUCAAAUAUUUAUGUCACGCAAUAAAAUGCUAAGUAAUUACUUAAAAAUCAUACAAUGUGAUUUUCUAGAUUUUUGUUUUAGAUUCCGUCUCUCACAGUUGAAGUGUACCUAUGAUACAAAUUACAGACCUCUACAUGCUUUGUAAGUAGGAAAACCUGCAAAAUCGGCAGUGUAUCAAAUACUUGUUCUCCCCACUGUAAGUGUCUCCAGCUUCAGAGAUUUUUGCAGUUCGUUCCAGUCAUUUGCAGCAGAGAACUGGAAGGAAUGGCGACCAAAGGAGGUGUUGGCUUUGGGGAUGACCAGUGAGAUAUACCUACUGGAACGCAUACUACGGGUGGGUGUUGCUAUGGUGACCAAUGAGCUAAGAUAAGGCGGGGAUUUGCCUAGAAGGGAUUUAUAGAUGACCUGGAGCCAGUGGGUUUGGCGACGAAUAUGUAGUGAGGGCCAGCCAACGAGAGCGUACAGGUCACAAUGGUGGGUAGUAUAUGGGGCUUUGGUGACAAAACGGAUGGCACUGUGAUAGACUACAUCCAAUUUGCUGAGUAGAGUGUUGGAAGCUAUUUUGUAAAUGACAUCGCCGAAGUCAAGGAUCGGUAGGAUAGUCAGUUUUACAAGGGCAUGUUUAGCAGCAUGAGUGAAGGAGGCUUUGUUGGGAAAUAGGAAGCCGAUUCUAGAUUUAACUUUGGAUUGGAGAUGCUUAAUGUGAGUCUGGAAGAAGAGUUUACAGUGUAACCAGACACCUACGUAUUUGUAGUUGUCCACAUAUUCUAAGUCAGAGCCGCCGAGAGUAGUGAUUCUAGUCGGGCAGGCGGGUGCAAGCAGUGUUCGAUUGAAGAGCAUGCAUUUAGUUUUACAAGCGUUUAAGAGUAGUUGGAGGCCACGGAAGGAGUGUUGUAUGGCAUUGAAGCUUGUUUGGAGGUUUGUUAACACAGUGUCCAAUGAAGGGCCAGAUGUAUACAACAUGGUGUCAUCUGCGUAGAGGUGGAUCUGAGAGUCACCAGCAGCAAGAGCGACAUCAUUGAUAUACACAGAGAAUAGAGUCGGCACGAGAAUUGAACCCUGUGGCACCCCCAUAGACUGCCAGAGGUCCAGACAACAUGCCCUCUGAUUUGAUACAUUGAACUCUAUCUGAGAAGUAGUUGGUGAACCAGGCGAGGCAGUCAUUUGAGAAACCAAGGCUAUUUAGUCUGCCAAUAAGAAUGCGGUGAUUGACAGAGUCAAAAGCCUUGGCCAGGUCAAUGAAGACGGCUGCACAGUACUUUCUUUCAUAGAUCGCGGUUAUUAUAUCGUUUAGGACCUUGAGCGUGGCUGAGGUACACCCAUGACCAGCUCGGAAACCAGAUACUAUAGCGGAGAAGGUACGGUGGGAUUCUAAAUGGUCGGUGAUCUGUUUGUUAACUUGGCUUUCAAAUACUUUCGAAAGGCAGGGCAGGAUGGAUAUAGGUCUGUAACAGUUUGGAUCUAGAGUGUCACCCCCUUUGAAGAGGGGGAUGACCGCGGCAGCUUUCCAAUCUCUGGGGAUCUCAGACGAUACGAAAGAGAGGUUGAACAGGCUGGUGAUAGGAGUUGUGACAAUUUCGGCAGCUAAUUUUAGAAAGAAAGGGUCCAGAUUGUCUAGCCCAGCUGAUUUGUAGGGGUCCAGAUUUUGCAGCUCUUUCAGAACAUCAGCUAUCUGAAUUUGGGUGAAGGAGAAGCGGGGGGGGGGGGCAUGGGCAAGUUGCAACGGAGGGUGCAGAGCUGGUGGCCGGGGUAUGGGUAGCCAGGUGGAAAGCAUGGCAAGCCGUAGCAAAAUGCUUGUUGACAUUUUUGAUUAUCGUAGAUUUAUCGGUAGUGACAGUGUUUCCUAGCCUCAGUGCAGUGGGCAGUUGGGAGGAGGUGCUCUUAUUCUCCAUGGACUUUACAGUGUCCCAAAACUUUUUGGAGUUAGUGCUACAGGAUGCACAUUUCUGUUUGAAAAAGUUAGCCUUUGCUUUCCUUUUUUUUUUUUUUUUUUUUUUUUUUCUGGGGGGGGGAUGGAUCAGCAUAUAGAUAGAUUGUAACUUCUAUCAAUGUAAUUGUGUGCAUCACUUCCAAUCCCCCAUUUUUUAAAUAUAUAUACUCCCCUUUAUUACUUUUCAACCCCGCCAUCCUUUCCCUACUUGGAGUAAAUUAGUGAACAACAAUGCCCAGGCCUCUACUUCCGGCCUAUACUUACUAUCUACACCUUAUGGACACAGUCAAUUUUACAAUAAUUAUAUUAUAUUUGUUUAGUUUUUUUUGUUUUUGCUCCUGAACUACUUCUACUCUCAACCUCUCCGAUCAUUUUCAUGAUGUCCAUCCGGUUUGCUUCUAUAUGCCAUAUCUUUCUAACUGUGCUCUUUCCCAAAAGCUCCCAACAUACAACCUAUAUACUUAUUAUGGACACACUUACAUUAUUAGCUACCUUUGUUAUUAUUUGUUGUUAUUUGUUAUUAGUCCCAUCCUUCAACUCCAUUCAAUACCUCCCAUCUAUCUCUUAACACCAUCCAUAUAGGAUUUCUAUUUGCCAUAUAUAUUUCAAUCGUACUGUGAUGCUUUACAAAAGUUCUGAACCUUUCUAUUCUCAUUGCUUCUACAGGUUGUGAAUUAAAAAUAUACAUUUUUGCUAAAGUAUUAUUAUAUUAUUGAUCGAUUUACUAUGACUUUUCAGAUCACCCAGUAAUGCUAUCUGCAAGGUUAGCUCCAGGUAAAUAUUGCAAUCCUUUAGCCAUUCCUGGACCUGUGUCCAAAAACAAGCUACAAAUGGACAGUACCAAAACAAAUGAUCUAAUGAUUCUGUCUCUUCACAGCAAAAUCUGUAGAGCUGGGAAGAUUGUAUCCCCCAUAUAAAUAACAUUCUAUUGGUAGCAAGAAUUUUAUAUAAUAAUUUAAAUUGAAAGAUUCAAAUUUUUGAAUCCGGUGUCGAUUUGCGUGUCAGUUCAUAAACACUAUACCAUGGGAUCAGUACGUCAAAUCUCUUCCCAACUAUUUUGCAAUCUAUAUGGGACGGCUGUCAAUCCUUUGGUCCUUAAGUGAAACUGAUAUACUUUUUUAUUUAUCACAGUUUUCCUUAACCAAUUAUGUUCUUUAUUGCAAGGCCGACAGACAAGUUCCUUACUUUCUCCCCCUUCCACUUUCCUCUUCCACUUUUGCGGUAAGGCUGCAAUUAUUUGGUUGUAAUUUUGAGUAGAGCAGACAUUUCCAUAUGUUUUUGUUAGCUGCAUGUGCGACAUAACUCCACCAGUCCUACCGAUGAUAUCAUUUACGAAGAUUAUACCUUUUUUAAACAUUCUAUCAAAAAAUAAAGGUUUUUUGUCAAUUAGUAUAUUUGAAUUUAACCACAAUAUUUAUUGUUUUUGCUUUCCUAACUGAUUUUGUAUAUUGGUUACUGACUUCCCUGAAAAGUUGCAUAUCGCGGGGGCUGUUCGAUGCUAAUGCCGUACGCCACAGGAUGUUUUUGUGCUGGUCAAGGGCAGUCAAGUCUGGGGUGAACCAGGGGCUAUAUCUGUUCUUAGUUCUGAAUUUUUUUAAUGGGGCAUGCUUAUUUAAGAUGGAGAGGAAAGCACUGUUAAAGAACAACCAGGCAUCCUCUACUGACGGAAUGAGGUCAAUAUCCAUCAAGGAUACCCGGGCCAGGUCAAUUAGAAAGGCCUGCUCGCUGAAGUGUUUUAGGGAGCAUUUGACAGUGAUGAGGGGUGGUCGUUUGACCCAUUACGGACGCAGGCAAUGAGGCAGUGAUCGCUGAGAUCCUGGUUGAAGACAGCGGAGGUGUAUUUAGAGGGUAAAUUAGUCAGGAUGAUAUCUAUGAGGGUGCCCAUGUUAACGGAUUUAGGGUUGUACCUGGGAGGUUCCUUGAUAAUUUGUGUGAGAUUGAGGGCAUCUAGUUUAUAUUGUAGGACGGCCGGGGAACUAGGCCUAACGAACAGCAAAAGCACUAGCCUAUGUCAAUCUACUAUCCCCCAUAGUACAAAAGUUGACCUAUACUAUUGGUCAACUUGUCCUUCUGUGCGAGAAAUAAAUAUUCCUAACUUAGUCUGGAACAGUUGUGGGAUACGAUAGAUCCCAAAUGAAUACAACCACUCUCAUCAAAAAACCUUUUAAAAGCAAUGAGGUUGAUGCAACAGAUCAGAGCGUUUAGCUUAAAAUGUUGAUAAACUAUUAGGCUAUUUUUCCACAUUAUAAGCGCAGCGAUGCGCACACUGCAGUAGGCUAUAAGCGCAAAUGUUCCAAAAUGUAAUCAAUUAGCGGGAAAACACCAUUCUCAAAAGUGACCGCAAAUGUGAUUAUGCAUGUAAUGCUUUAUUAUAAAGGUGCAUUUUUAUGGUGAAAAUGUUCUUCCCCAAACUUGAAACUCACGCGCCGCCUAUGUAUGCUAGUUAGGUUCUACACCGGUUAUAAAGCUGAUUAAUGUGCUUAAUUCUAAGAAGUUAUUUGGCCACUUUAGUUGUGAUACAAACCUUAUCAAAACAUAUAGGCCUAUGGGCUAGGCUACAUGAGGUGUGCGACUGAUUUGAAAAAGUUGCAAAAAAAGGCAUGUGCUGUUUCUUGCCUUAAUGCACACAAGCUGGGCAUCCUUCACAAGUGAUAAUAUAUCAUUCACAAGUGAUAGGCUAAUUUUCUCACCCAUCAGACUAUUCUUAGUUUAAUAUUGUCUUUACAUAUACUAAAUAAUAUAUGUGUGAAAUUAGUUUUGAUUUAGAAUGGACCAUUAUCAUGCACCGGUCUCGGAACAGGGGCAGGGCAAAAUACAUGUCAUCUAUGCACUUAAAUAGUGAAUGGAGGACACCUUUCCCAUGGGUCAUUUUCAUGCCAGCCAGGUGGGCUAUACUCCUGUUGUAAAGUGAAGCAAUAUGCUUAAUAUUUGGAAAGUUGAGAAAUAAAUAUAGUAGGCCUAGCCUGUAGAAAGCUGAUAGGAUCCUCCUUUUUAUAAUAGAGAUCAUCAAAACUCUGUUUUCUCAUACAAUUGCAUAGCCUAUAGAAAUGUUGCACAACAUGCUCUCAUGAAGUGUUUGAUUUGAUUUUUGAUUACAUUUGCAUUGAUGUCAGAGGGAUUAGAGGGACAAUAGAGUGCUGAGUACCAGGCAGUUAGCAAGUUUGGUAGGCUACUAAUGACCAUCAGCAGCAUCAGAGCUUGGAGAAGCCUAGUUACCGUGACUAAAUGGUGUCACGAGAAUUUUGUUAUCUCAAUGGUUGAACUCAACUAUCACUUAAGCUUUGAAUAAUUCCCAGAGGUUGUAAGGCUCUGGUUAACGAAGAAUUAAACAAAUUCCCAGUCUUUAUUCAGAGAGCGCUCUCCCGCUAAAAACCCACACAGUCUUUUUAUAUGCGUUCACACAAAGGAACUUGCUCCGCCCACCUUUAGGCGGCCUGUGACUUUCCACAGUAUAGAAUGUUUAAGUUGAACAGUUUCUAGGUUCCCCCUUCCUAUGGAAUGUUUGUCUCCAACUGUUUUUACCCCCCUUCCCUGUUAGUGGUUUUAUUGUCUUAUAACUCUAACACAGUUUACACAGUUAUACAGUAUCGGGGAGGAAUAUUAUAGUCAUUACAUUAAACAUACAAAUUCAUCUAUCAAUGGUCACGUGGAAUUUGACUGCGGUCAUGACUCGUGACUGCCAGUGUGGCGGUAAUACAGUCACCGAACAGCCCUACUCAGAAUGUGACCUCUGCUACUCUACAGUACAGUCUUGUUAUUCAAUGCAGUACAGGAUACCCAUGUCCCACAACAAAGUUCAAAGGCAACAGAGUAACCAAAACAUAGAGGUUGUGUUUGAUAAACAUCUUGGGAGACUAUUAUUAUUGGGGUAUUGCUGUUUGGUUCUGUCUUUUGAAGGGAAAUUGGUGACUGAGUUUUUUUUUUCAUGUCCUUUGUCGCUCCAGGAGCGUGUGGGAAAUUUCCUGGCAGAUUUCUACUCAGUGAACGGGCUGGUGCUGGAGUCACGGAAGCGUCGGGAGCACCUGACCGAGGAGGACAUCCUGAGGAACAAAGCCAUCAUGGAGAGCCUGAGCAAAGGAGGGAACCUCAUUGAGCAGAACUACGAGGUGAGCUCCGCCGUGAGGCCCUCUAGCUGCAGAACUAUGAGGUGAGCUCCGCCGUGAGGCCCUCUAGCUGCAGAUCUAUGAGGGGAGUCUCUCUAGCUGCAGAGUACGGGUAUACUGUAUGGCCACAAUGUAAACAUUCACCCAACUAAAACAUUUAACAAUAUUUUCACAUCCAUAACGUUACAGAACUUUUAACUUUUCCUCUUCUCAAACCUUGUUGUGACCCAGAGCUAUAGCGCCAUGCUGGGCCUCUGUGCUGGCUUGGGUUCGGUCUUUGUCUAGUUUAGCAGUGGGACAUCCCAAGUUGGGGCCCUUGGCUGAAGUUCUAUGCUGGGGCCUCUAACUGGAAUUCUGCUAGGGCCGACUGGUAUGAUGUCACCUGUUAUGGCUGUGUGCUGGGCACUGUGUGCAAAGUGAAGAUCCUGUUUGCUUGUACCUUCAGCAUAAAUGCGAGUCCAGUCCUGAAACUCUCCUCUCCCGCUGUACCUUUGGGGUAGGCCCUCUCAGACCCCACUACUUGCCACUCUUAUAUCACCAUCCUAUAGGAUCUCCUCUCACUUCCAGUCACUUUUACCAAAACAUGUCAAUGAGACAUGGACCACAAGAGUGUCAUGUCUUUUCACUUAGCAUACGGCUCUUUUGAUAUAGAACAUGUCGGCAUGGUUUAUUUGGAAAUACUCACUCCUCUUGGGUUUCUUUAUAGUUGUAUUUGUUUUGGACAUACUGUCUGUCGGAAUGAAAACGGCCCUUCUAAACCUCGUUUGUGGCAUUUUGCCAAGGGAGAACGACUGCCCCUCUCAUUGAAGCCAUGGAAGUUCAAGGCCGACCGCAGUACUGGAGGUAUUGUAAGCAGAAAGCCGGAACCCCCAUUAUAGUGAAUGGGAAUUGCUUCUAAUACACAGUGCAUUCGGAAAGUAUUCAGACCCCUUCACCUUUUCCACAUUUACGUUACAGCCUUAUUCUAAAAUGGAUUGAAUAAAAACAUUUCCUCAUCAAUCUACAACAAUACCCCAUAAUGACGAAGCGAAAACAGCUUUUUAGAAUUUUUUUGCAAAUGUAUUAAAAAUAAAAAACAGAAAUACCUUAUUUACAUAAGUAUUCAGACCCUUUGCUAUGAAACUCGAAAUUGAGCUCAGGUGCAUCCUGUUUCCAUUGAUCAUCCUUGAGAUGUUUCUACAACUUGAUUGUAACGAGGCACAGAUCUGGGGAAGGGUACCAAAAAAAUAUCUGCAGCAUUGAAGGUCCCCAAGAACACAGUGGCCUCCAUCAUUCUUAAAUGGAAGAAGUUUGGAACCACCAAGACUCUUCCUAGAGCUGGCCGCCCGGCCAAACAGCAAUCGGGGCGGGAGUAUGGCCUUGGUCAGGGAGGUGACCAAGAACCCGAUGGUCACUCUGACAGAGCUGCAAAGUUCCUCUGUGGAGAUGGAAGAAACGUCCAGAAGGAAAACCAUCUCUGCAGCACUCCACCAAUCAGGCCUUUAUGGUAGAGUGGCAAGACGGAAGCCACUCCUCAGUAAAAGGCACAUGACAGCCCGCUUGGAGUUUGCCAAAAGGCACCUAAAGGACUCUCAGACCAUGAGAAACAAGAUUCUCUGGUCUGAUGAAACCAAGAUUGAACUCUUUGGCCUGAAUGCCAAGCGUCAUGUCUGGAGGAAACCUGUCACCAUCCCUACAGUGAAGCAUGGUGGUGGCAGCAUCAUGCUGUGGGAAUGUUUUUCAGCAGCAGGGACUGGGAGACUAGUCAGGAUCGAGGGAAAGCUGAACGGAGCAAAGUACAGAGAGAUCCUUAAUGAAAACCUGCUCCAGCGCGCUCAGGACCUCAGACUGGGGAGAAGGUUCACCUUCCAACAGGACAAUGACCCUAAGCACACAGCCAAGACAACGCAGGAGUGGCUUCAAGACAGGUCUCUGAAUGUCCUUGAGUGGCCCAGACAGAGCCCGGAUUUGAAACCGACCGAACAUCUCUGGAGAGACCUGAAAAUAGCUGUGCAGCAACGCUCCCCAUCCAACCUGACAGAGCUUGAGAGGAUCUGCAGAGAAGAAUGGGAGAAACUCCCCAAAUACAGGUGUGCCAAGCAACAAAUUAUUUUAAAAUCGCACACAGAAGAAGUUAUAAGGUCCUCUGUAGCUCAAUUGGUAGAGCAUGGCGCUUGUAACACCAGGGUAGUGGGUUCGAUCCCCGGGACCACCCAUAUGUAAAAAUGUAUGCACACAUGACUGUAAGUCGCUUUGGAUAAAAGCGUCUGCUAAAUGGCAUAUUAUUAUUAUAUUAUUAAUUUAGUUGCUAAUGGCAGCCUGCAGUACCCCGGUCGGCCUUCAACUUGAGUUACUCAAUGAGAGGGGGCAGCACUGAACUAGCGUGCAACGUCACUUCCUGCACUCAAACUGCACGUUAUAUCUCCAUGAGACGGCAUCUUAUCCGACUUAAUUUGACUUCAAUGUGCUAUUGAGUCUUCACAUAGGCAUGAAUGGUGUCACAUGAUCGAUGGCUUUGUCCAUUUUCAUAUCAUUUGCAUUUUGCCCCACUUCCUCGAGCAUGUAUACCAGGCACCCCCCUCUAGUGAUGGAAGCUAAAUUUGGCCCUAUAGAUAAUUUGCUUUGGGAGCCCUUGUCUAAGCACUGCACAUAAAGCCUCCAAAAGGGAAGCCAUGGCCUCACAAAGCUCAAUAUAUGCUUUUUUGGCAGCUCUGUUGUUUUUGUUAGUCCUGUCAUGUCGUGAACUGGGUUUUGUGUUGUUGAUGUGUCCUGUGGUAUUUACUUCCUGUGGUAUUGUUGUCCUUGAACUGUGGUGGUAAAUGCUUUCAAGCAUUUUUUAUCUGUUGUUCACAUUUUAUUUUUUACUGUGUAUUAACCGGUAUUAAACCUGUGAGCAUAUAGGUCAAGGUCAGCUCAGUAUUGAACGGAAAAAAACUGCUUACACACAGUCCUUUGUGCAUCCAUCCAUGUUUGUACAAGUGAUUCCCUGCUCAGUGGAAACUGUUUUGCAGAAGUAGGUUGAGGGAAAAAUAACAUGCCGAGUCCGUCCCAGCACUGACGUCGUCCUCUGUUUACUCCGACGGUGGUGGCAUAGCGGGUCAGCGCGGUACCUGGGGACACAGAUAGUGGGGGGUUUAAAGCAGGGCUCUGUACUACUGACUAGGUGGAUGAAGUCUAAAACCCCUGGUUCCACGGAGCAACGGGGGGGGGGGGCACGGCCAACAGACUGGAGGCAAUGGGGGUGGCGGGAGUGAGAGGCGUGCGAGCCAACACCAAAUGUAUCAAAACACUGUGCUCCACUAGGUCCCACAGGGAUAAUAACAUAGUCCAGUUUGAAGUAAAGGGAACCCUAUUUGUGAAUGAUGGGAUACUGACUAUCAUCUGGUGCCAAUUAUGUCUGUCUUCUCUUGAAGUAGGCCACUGUACAUUAUGGUGGAUACUUCUCAAUUCACGUUUCAGAAUAUCACAGUCACUCAUAGUGAUGGGUCAGUUAAGGAGAGAGAGUUCAAUACUAGUGUGGAUGUGUGUGAGUUUGUGCAUACGUGCGUAUUUGUGGAUGUGCGUCGGUUGGUGUUCUCGAGGUUGCCAUGGCCACAGUAUUAGCAGGAUAGUACUAUUGUGGAGCCAGGUCUGCUGACCUAUGUGAGAUAGUAAGCCUGUGUGUGUCCAGGGCCAACUUUUAAUGUCCAGAGAGGUGCAAGGUGCUGGUGACAAGCCACGUGUCGAGAAUUAACAACCCCUUUUCAUUCAUGCAGUAUGUGUGCAGCUGUAAAAUCAUCAAGUUGUUUUUACCACUGUUCAUGUGGUCAUUCCUGCUCUCAGCAUUAGUGAUGCACAUUGGCCCUCUAGUGACACGAAUGUGGAUGUGAAUUGUAGACCGAAUUGUGCAGUAGCUAAGUUGACUUCAUAAAGGUAAAAGAGGAGACUUGAGUUCCAAAAGUAAAAGUUUUAAUACGGGGGACAGAUGGUCAUGUGAAAAUGCAAAGGCUAAAAAGGAUGGUAUAAUAGCCCUAGUGGCCAACAGCAAAUGGAAAACACUUGUAUACUUUAAGACCAUGUUAAGUUAAUUAUGAGUCACAGGAGGCUGCUGAAGGGGAACGGCUCAUAAUAAUGGCCGGAACGGCGUUAAUGGAAUGGCAUAAAACACCUGGAAACCAUGUGUUUGAUGUAUUUGAUACCGUUCCACCUAUUCCGCUCCAGUCAUUACCAUGAGCCCGUUCUCCCCAGUUAAGGUGCCACCAACCUCCUGUGGUGUCAGUAAUUAAGCUGGUUACUCAUGAUAUGAUUGUAAGCAUAGAUAUGCUCCUCAUAGGAAAUUGGUCGUCGUCGAUCUUGGUCGUCUGGGUUGGUCCCCACAAUCCCCCCUAUGAUCGAUUAUGCUCCAACCUCAACGAUUGUCACUCCCAUGUCCUCAGCAGCCUACAUCUAAUUUAUUUCAGGUGGAUACAGGCGAAAUCUUACAAACAACUUAGCAAAAAAUGAAGCGUUUUUCAGAAGAGCAUAAAAAAUUAUUUAAAAAACGUUUAGUGUACAGUUUGUUUUGUCUGACCGUGUUUUGGUUUGUGUUCUUUGAAGUCAGUUUGUUAUGUAGGACUUUUUUAUCUUGACUUUGUUCUGUGUAGCUUUGUGUUGUCAGGUGUCUGUCCUUGCCAAUGAUUUGGGUUUCCUUCUCUUUAGCCUGUGAGGCGACAGUCACUAACUGCCCCUUCACCCAACACUAUCUCCUGGGAGGAAUACAUCAACGCAGAGAACGGAAAGUAUGCAUGACCAUUACUUUUUUACUUCUCACCACACUUCACAAGUUUUCUUUCACACGCACUCUUACUCAUUGUUAGUCUCACAUGUCUACAUACAGGGUUAAAUGAAGGACAGACCGAUGGAUCACUUAUGCACAGUUACGACAGGGAGAGUGGGUGGAUAGUUCUAUUUAAAGCCAAUCCUCUUACUUCAUCAGUUAAAGCUGUGGAGAGCUGUUCCACUUUCUGUUGGAGAAACCUGACCCUUGAACUGUCAAGUUCAGCUGUCUUGUUCCAUUGGCUUGAUGGGAUUUCAUUAGUUUCCACUAGCUUCCACAGCCACAAAGUCAAAAUUGGCAAAAAAAAUUUAAUUGUUGGUCUUAAUUUAAGGUUAGGGUUAGGCAUAAGGUUAGCAGUGUGGUUAAGAUUAGGGUUAGAUUUCAAAUAAUAUUUUAAGAAGAUAAACUCCGCCCAUUUCUACAAUUUAUGACUGUGCGUAUAGAAGCUAGUGUUGACCGUUUCAGUAGCAACAGGCUUCUGUUUCCCCCUUCAAUCACCUAGCAGUCAGGUUCCUCACAUAAAAUGGGUAUUCUAUUGUAAGACAAAUUAUAAAAUUGUUGCCCAAAUGACCCAAAUGCCAUGCCAUUAUACCCAUACCAUUUUUAACACACAUUUUCAAAAUUGUGUGGACAAAAACGUUUUUCUAGAUGUCACUGAAGUGCAGAGCUUCUAUACACUCCCAUCAGUCAUUUCACUUUCAGGAACACAGUAAGACUUUCUUCCUUUUCUUUCAAAAGUGUUUACCUCAUUUUCUGACAGACAUUCUCCCUCUUUUUCUCCUUCAGAGCGCCUCAUCUAGGAAGAGAGCUGGUAUGCAAAGAGAGCAAGAAGAACUUCAAAGCGACCGUAGCCAUGAGUCAAGACUUCCCGCUGGGCAUUGAAUCGUAAGUCUCCUCUUCGAUCACCCCCAGACGACCUUGAAGUCUAGCCAGACAGCAGUAGUUGCCAAACGGGAUAACUUACUAAUUAUAAUAACAUUUCAUAAAAAUAAUUAAUGAAGUAUUGAUAUCUGAGAUUAAGCUCACAUGAAGUUAACCUAGUUUUAGCUUAUUCUGGGCUAAAUAGGUUGAUUGACACAAAGUGCAUGAUAGCCUCCUUUUUAUGUGGUGUGCAGAGGCCUCGUUUUCUUAUUAUUACCCCCAUCACUAAUUUAAUGUACCAGUGACUGUAGCCUGCAGUACUCUCUGGCAUGAAGUGAUGCAUGACAUGCAUUCUUCAUUGAGUGAGAAUGAAAGACUGAUAUUUCUUCUUUAUUUUCAGGUUAUUAAACGUUCUGGAGGUGAUAGCACCCUUCAAGCACUUUAAUAAACUCAGAGAGUUUGUUCAAAUGAAACUCCCUCCUGGUUUCCCUGUCAAGCUGGGUAAGUACUAUUGUAUACUGCUUAGUCAGAGGGAAAUGUAUUGUACAGUAAAAGAGAUCCAGUUGGACGUAUACUGACUGUCUGACCAGAUUUAUUUCCUGAUGAUGAUGUUAUAACAUGUUUCUCUUUUUCGUUUCCCCACACAGAUAUCCCUGUCUUUCCAACCAUCACGGCCACGGUGACUUUUCAAGAGUUCCGCUACGACGAGUUUGAGCAGUCCAUCUUCACCAUUCCCAAUGAGUACAAAGAGGACCCCAGCCGCUUCCCUGACCUU